GAUUACGGCGCAGCUCGGUGCUUCUCCGCAGAUCCGGACAUUCAGCCGAGCGUUAACACAGAGCAGCCUGAAACACAGAGACCCGGAGCCAAUUGGCGGGUAGCUCUUGGAGGAACCAGCGGAGGAGCCCGGAGCGCGAUCCCGCCGCCGAGGACGAGCAGCCGAACCAUGGAGCCGCUCCGGACACCUGCGGCGCUGCUGCUCCUUUGCCUGAUCUCCUCCUCUGUCCUGUGUGUGAACUUCCCCCAGCAGCCUGUUAUCCAGGAGUGGGUUGAACAAAUGCAGCGUGACCUGCUCACUCUGGUUGAGGAUGCCAGCGAACUGGAGACCCUCAAGGAGAUAUUUAAAAAUCACAUAGAUAAAUUCAGCGUCAAGACAAACAACGCGGCGGAGCUGGUGACCACUGCGGCCGGGAACAUUGAGAAGCUGCUUCUCAAACGAUCCACGGCACUGAAGACCUUGGCGUCUGCGGCAGAAAGCUUCCAGAUGAAGCACCAGUGGCGAGAUGAUUUCACGGAUGAUAUUGUUUAUUAUAACGCUAAAGACGAUGUCACGUCCAAUGACACCUUGAAAAGCAGGAUCAAGCCGGAGUUCCAGGAGGACCCAAUGUUCAAACGGCCAAUCUCCUACAAUCACACGGCGGUCCACAUCCCCACAGACAUCUACGAGGGCUCCACCAUCGUGCUGAACGAGCUGAACUGGACGGAGGCCCUGGACGACGUCUUCAGGAAGAACCAGGAGGAGGACCCCACGCUGCUGUGGCAGGUUUUCGGCAGUGCUACUGGCCUGGCUCGCUUUUACCCAGCAUCGCCAUGGAUAGAAACCGACGAAAUACCCGGCAGGAUCGACCUGUACGACGUCCGCCGGAGGCCAUGGUACAUACAGGGUGCAUCCUCCCCAAAGGACAUGCUGAUCCUCGUAGACGCGAGUGGCAGUGUGUCUGGUCUGACCCUCAAGCUGAUCAGAACCUCAGUCAGCGAGAUGCUGGAGACCCUGUCAGAUGAUGACUACGUCAAUGUCGCCUACUUCAAUAAAGAAGUUACCCAUGCUGCCUGCUUCAAGCACCUGGUCCAGGCCAACGUCCGCAACAAGAAGAUCCUGAAGGACGCCAUCCAGAAGAUUGAGGCCAAGGGAACGACAAACUACAAGGAGGGCUUCAAGUACGCCUUCCAGCAGCUUUCAAACCCAAACGUGACCCGUGCAAAUUGCAACAAGGUCAUCAUGCUCUUCACCGAUGGAGGAGAGGAGACAGCUCAGGAGAUCUUCGACAAAUACAAUCGAGACAAGAAGGUACGAAUUUUCACCUUCUCAGUCGGGCAGCACAACUAUGACAAACACCCCAUUCAGCGGAUGGCCUGUGACAACAAGGGCUACUACUACGAGAUCCCUUCCAUCGGAGCCAUUCGUAUCAACACACAGGAAUACCUGGAUGUUCUGGGCCGGCCCAUGGUGCUGGCAGAUAAGAAGGCCAAGCAGGUCCAGUGGACUAACGUCUACCUGGAUGCACUGGAACUGGGCCUGGUCAUCACAGGUACGCUGCCAGUCUUCAACAAGACCCUGUCAGGAAACAAAAAGAACCAGCUGAUCCUGGGAGUGAUGGCAGUUGACGUCUCCCUUGAAGACAUCAAGAGGCUGACCCCACACUUCACCAUUGGCCCCAAUGGAUACUAUUUUGCAAUCGACCCCAAUGGCUACGUGCUGCUCCACCCCAAUCUUCAGCCAAAGAACCUGAAAUUUCAGGAACCUGUUACCCUUGAUUUUCUGGACAUCGAACUGGAGAACAACUUCAAAGUGCAGAUCAGGUCGAAAAUGAUUAAUGGCUCCCCUGGGCAACAGAAGAUGGAAACUCUGGUGAUAUCCCAAGACAAGAGGUACAUUGACAAAGGUGUCAGGACGUACACCUGGACCCCAGUGAAGAGCACUGACUACAGCUUGGCCCUGGUUCUGCCGGAUUACAGUCUGAAUUACAUCCAGGCCCAGAUUGGAGACACAAUCGAGGAAGCCGUGUGUGAGUAUGGCGAGGAGAUUAGGAAGGCACUGCACCAACACACCUUUUGCACUUUUCUUUUCUUCCUCUCCUCUGCCUCCAAUCGCUCAUGGACUUCCACGUUAGGAGGAAACGUCACGGAGACCAUGGAUAUCUCUGAGGAAUUCGGGUACACGCUCAUCGCCCCCAGGGAGUUUUGCACGGAGCCAAAGAUCUCAGGCGACAAUAGCCAAGUCCUCAAGAACUUCAUCCAUCUGACCUCGGGGCAAGUGGCAGACGACACGACCUGCAAUGUGUCUCUGGUGAACCGGCUGCUCCUAGAUGCGGGACUGACAGCUGAUCUGGUCCAGUCCUGGAAGAGGCAGCCCCCCAAGCCGGGGGUCCUCGCCAGGUUCGUGGCCACCGACGGAGGGAUCACCCGUGUGUACCCGAAAAGCGCCGGUGAGGAUUGGACAGAGAAUCCUGAGACGUAUGAGUCAAGCUUCUACAAGCGGAGUGUGGACAACAGCGGCUACAUCUUUACAGCACCACCCUACGAAAGCAAAAAUGCCUCGUCUGCCUUCGAUUCCGGCAUUUUGGUGAGCAGGUCCGUGGAUGUGAACAUCGACCCAGUCAUACUGAAACCAGCCGUGGUUGGGGUGAAGCUCAAUGUCACGGACUGGAUGGAGAACUUCAUGAGUGCUACCUUCAAGGGGAAUUGCGAGAAGAAUGAGAUCUGUGGAUGUCAGAGGAAUGCCGAGCACGUGGACUGCGUGUUAUUGGAUGAUGGUGGUUUUCUCUUGAUGUCCAAUCAGGAUGAAUACAUGAAUAAGAUUGGCCGCUUUUUCGGUGAGGUCGAUUCCCACUUGAUGAAGACCCUGGUGAACACGUCGCUGUUCUCCUUCCACAAGACCUACGACUACCAGUCUGUGUGCAGACGGGAGCGAGAGAGCAAAGCGGCAGGCUUUCGCUCCGUCUACGUGCCCACAAUAGCAGACGUACUCCGUUUGGGCUGGUGGACCACGACCAUGGCCUGGUCGAUAUUGCAGCAGCUGUUUCUGAGUCUCACCUUUCCAGGUUUCCUACAAGCAAUGGAGCCUGAGGAUGACUCUUCUGACUUCAUCUCCAAGGAGAUUUGCACCAUGGAGCAGACUCAGUAUUACUUCAGCAGCGAGGAAAAGUCCUUCACCGGAAUACAGGAAUGUGUCAACUGCUCCAGGAUGUACCACGCCGAGAAGCUCCUCAACACCAAUCUCGUCUUCAUCAUCGUAGAAUCGAAGUUAAUAUGUCACCAAGGCUGUGAUGAAAAUGACACAUGGCUGACGCAGGCCGGACAGCAGUCCUCUGGCCCAGAUGUCUGUGAGCUGGCAGAAAACCCCAGGGACCGGAAAGGACCUGAUGUCUGCUUUGACAACAACGUCAACGAGGACUAUUCAGAUUGCGGAGGGGUGAUGGGUCUCCGCUUCACUUUCUGGCCUAUGGCGCUCAUCCCGCUGGUCCUCCUGUGGAUUCUGACCGGGCCGGGAUACUACGCGUCAUGACCCCCCCCACUGCCGACCCGUGCUCACCACCCGACCCGUGCUCUUUGGGACUGAAGACCCCCCCUCCCUCCCUCCAAGAGCCAUGUACCGCCUGCAUCAAAACAGCCAACCCCCACUCUUUGGGACUGAAGACACCCCCACCUAGACUCACACGCCACCUGCAUCUCACCACUUGACAACAGCCAUCGACUUCCUGCUGGCCCAACCCUGUGUGAGGUGGACGUUCAGGGGGGUGCGCAGUAUUAUUCUGCUGUCUGGCCCCUUCUCCUCUGCUGCAUUUCGCUAACCAUCACAGUUAUGUCUCCGCCCCUCCAUGUUUCGGAGCGCCCUCAUGUCAGUAUGUCAUGGAUGUCCAUGCUGAUUUCCGCACUCCUGGGGCGAGUGACGGUGACGUUGCUUCGUCCACGACUGGGGUGGGCUUCACAUCUCAGCUUCCAGCCUCCGACUGACAGCAGUGUUUUUUAUGCCAUGCGCCUAACCCUCUCCAGUGCCCUUAACAUACCAAGGUUGAGUUUAACUUCAGGGUACGUUUGAGCUCGGCUGGUGUCCUUAGUGUCACAGGAGGUCACUGCCAGCCCUGAAAGCAGCGCCUUGCCUUCUGACGAUGAGCUAGCCACACAGAUGCAGUGGCUCGCACGGGUGCUGCCACUUCCACUCCCGAACAGGUUUUGUCUCUUUAACUGUUGAGGUACCUGACCUUGCAUUUGUGUUUGAACCUGAAGCAAAGCAGUGUGUUUUUGGGGGCCUCUUCAUUUUACUGGAUUACUUUUUUGCAUGUAAAGCGUAAUUUUGUGUAAAGCAGUGUUUUUAACUUUCUUCUGUGAUAUUUUGGUUUUUAUCAUAAAUGCAAAAAGUCGAAGGCGACAGAUAAAGCUAAAGACCCAAGAACAGACAUGAUAAAAGGUGUUUUUGUACCGACAACCCAGUGACACAUCCGGCUGCCCCUUUCUGACAACUUUCUGCUAGGCUUCCGGAAUGUGCCGUGUCUGCGUCAGCCUCCUUCACAGAUGUUCCUUAGCUAAGGAGGUGUGCCUUAUGAGAGUGGAUCAAGGAAGGCUAGCCUGAAACACAGACACAUCUUCUAGUAAGACAGCUUUCCAAUUACAGUCAAUGGCCUCUUUAUUAGGUACACAUUCUCGUUUACCAGUCAGCUCAUUCGUCCUAACAGCCAAUUGUGGGGCUUCAACUGAAUACGUACAGCAAACAGACAGGGACCUCAGGUCCAGUUGCAUUGCAAUAGGUGAAGAAACACAUGAUCUAAGUUCGACCAGAUGUACCUAACGAAAGGCGUCCUGCCCGGGACCGGCCAGGUGUACCUAACGAAAGGCGUCCUGCCCGGUACCGACCAGGUGUACCUAACGAAAGGCGUCCUGCCCGGGACCGGCCUGAUGUACCUAACGAAAGGCGUCCUGCCCGGUACCGACCAGGUGUACCUAACGAAAGGCGUCCUGCCCGGUACCGACCAGGUGUACCUAACGAAAGGCGUCCUGCCCGGGACCGGCCAGGUGUACCUAACGAAAGGCGUCCUGCCCGGGACCGGCCAGGUGUACCUAACGAAAGGCGUCCUGCCCGGUAUCGACCAGGUGUACCUAACGAAAGGCGUCCUGCCCGGGACCGGCCAGGUGUACCUAACAAAAGGCGUCCUGCCCGGGACCGGCCAGGUGUACCUAACGAAAGGCGUCCUGCCCGGUAUCGACCAGGUGUACCUAACGAAAGGCGUCCUGCCCGGGACCGGCCAGGUGUACCUAACGAAAGGCGUCCUGCCCGGGACCGGCCAGGUGUACCUAACGAAAGGCGUCCUGCCCGGGACCGGCCAGGUGUACCUAACGAAAGGCGUCCUGCCCGGGACCGGCCAGGUGUACCUAACGAAAGGCGUCCUGCCCGGGACCGGCUUGGUGUACCUAAUAAAAGUAACACUCAUCAUAUACAAACAGCACUGUAGCUUCGACGCCCAGCUCACUCAGGUGCUGCCUAGGCUUCAGUGUACCAAUGAUCCAUAGCCUCUCAGGAAAACCUGCAGCUGCCUGAAUGUGUGCUAACAAAGCAUAAGAGCGCUUAUACUAAAGUGCGAAAACAUCAAAACAAGCUUUUGCUUCAAGCUUCUUUCUUGUAGUAGUGAAUGUAAAUAAACUCAAUCUUGCAAACAGCCUCUUAAACAUAUGUAGCCAAUGAAUAAUUACAACCAGGUUUUUGUGAUGCUGAAAUUUUUAGCUGCUGUGAUAUUAACAAGUGCAACUGUUGGGAUGAUAUCCUUUAAUAAUCACCUUAAUUACAUUGAUGUGUGAAAAAGAUGGCUAUGAAACCAUUCCAAGGUUUCCAGUACCUCUGAAUUCCAUCUUACUAUAAAGAAGAGAUCAGAGCUUUAUCAAAAAAAUGGUACUUGAGUAUAGCCCUGACCAUCACCACACACUGCGGCCACUGCCCUCCCAGCCCUGACCAUCACCACACACUGCGGCCACUGCCCUCCCAGCCCUGACCAUCACCACACACUGCGGCCACUGCCCUCCCAGCCCUGACCAUCACCACACACUGCAGCCACUGCCCUCCCAGCCCUAACCAUCACCACACACUGCGUCCACUGCCCUCCCAGCCCUGACCAUCACCACACACUGCGGCCACUGCCCUCCCAGCCCUGACCAUCACCACACACAGUGGCCACUGCCCUCCCAGCCCUGACCAUCACCACACACAGAGGCCACUGCCCUCUCAGCCCUGACCAUCACCACACACAGAGGCCACUGCCCUCCCAGCCCUGACCAUCACCACACACUGCGGCCACUGCCCUCCCAGCCCUGACCAUCACCACACACUGCAACCACUCCCCUCACAGCCCUGACCAUCACCACACACAGUGGCCACUGCCCUCCCAGCCCUGACCAUCACCACACACUGCGGCCACUGCCCUCAAACUCUGCUUUACUAAAAUCACAGCAUGUGAUAGAAAGGACAGCAGCUAUGCAAUUUCAUUUCAUUCAUUGCAAAGAAGUAAACAUUUCUACUAAUCUAAACAUUUUCAGUUAAACAUUUUCAGUUAAACAUUUUCAGUUAAACAUUUGUGAAUGGUGAAACAGUAUACUAAUAAUUUAUUUACCUUAAGGUCAAGGGCUACAAAUGGGCAAGUGUUCAUUAUUUGAAAUUUAAUUACUGUUGAAGCUCUAUUGAUGUUACAUGAACCAAAAGCAUUCAUGAUAAUACUUCUCAGUACUAACUUAACACAUUUGUGAAAUUAAGCUGAAGCAUUCAGUUGAAUAUGAUCAUGUUCUAGCUUUUAAAAUUGCAGCAAUUUAACAAGCAGUUGUAUCAAACCUGAUAAACGGAGGACGGAGAAUCGAGACAGUUAUCCAUGAAGACCUCGGUCGUGAAGCACUUUCCAACCUACUGGCUUUUCCAUUUUUUUGCAUGAAGUUAAAAACAAGACAAAAGUAAAACUAAACACAUCAGUUUUAUAUCGUGUUGUGGCAGGUUUGACUGCAUCCCUGAAAAUAUAAGAAACUGAAAUAUAAGCACAGUGAAUCAGACAGAUCAAAAUCGGAUAAUUCUCAGAUGCCAUUUUUAAGUAAUUCAUGUUCUUCAUAAGUUUAAGGUUAUUCCUCGGAAGCCGCACACUAGCAAUCCGUUUGUGCAUGUCUCAGAUGGCUGGAGCAGGGUGCCUGGUGCUCCCCCCCGGCCGCCCAGUCUCCUGCACCCCAGAUUGCAUCAUACGCCACAUGGGCUCUCUGUCCUUUUUCUGGAACAAACGUAACUGGUGUGUGAAGUGCGGAAGGGGAUUGUCUUUCUGAGCUUUGUAGUGCAGCUGUUUUCCUGAGAGAGCCUCCGUGUCUUAUUCUGCUGCAUCUUCUAAUGCCAAAUUACAGAUGCCACAAACCAGCCUUAAUGGGUCUACAGUUUGUGGAUUGUGUUUAAAGAUGGAAGAAUGGUGAAAAUUUGAUGGUUUUUCUUCAGGACCGGGUGACGCCCAUGAAGUGCCCUCGGUCAGCAUUAUCGCCGGCACCCUCUGUAGGAGGCAAAGUCAAAUUGGUUGGCCACCUCAGAAGAUGGCAGCCUAGGCCAGCUUCACCGCCGGUGCCCCCUAUCUGAGACAAAGUGAAAUCGGCUUGCUAAGUCACGCCCCCUCAGAAGAUGGCGCCCCCUAGUCAGCCGCCUGUGUCAGCGCAUGGCUGGGCCUGCACUGAUUAACUUUGUGGACCUUACCGCUUCUCGGUGUGUCACGCUGCGGUGCCCUGGGCCUGUAAUCUGAAUCGUGGUCAUACUCUAUGUGCCCAUCGUGUGAUUCUCGCUUUUUCUCAAACGUUCUUCAGGAUUGCUUGGUGUGUGUUUUACACCAUGGGCCCCCAGCACCCUGGGGGGCUUGCUUUAUAUGCCUUGAUUAUGCUUUAAUGUACUACGUUUGUGUGGAAUGUUACGACUUGGAAGCGAUUUUGUAUAGAUUUGUACAAUAAUAUUAUUAAAUGACAAAGAGAAAUAAUAUUUAUAAUGUGAUAAAUGUCUUCAUUCAAAUGCAUUUAUUCAAAAUAAAAGUCUAUUGUUACUA